CGCUUAAUAAUUUCAACAAACUACAAUGGCUGUGGUAAAAAAAGUGAAAACUAAUCACACGCUAAAAACGAAAAAUGCUAAAUUAGAAAAACAAAAAGUUCCGAAAGCGUUAGUAGAGGCCACUGUUGAUACAAAAAAGCGCACUAUUGUGACCCCAUGGCGGGACACAACGGAAUUCAAUACAGUCUACAACUGUUUGUUCUCGAAAACCACAACACCAUCAAGUCUUCGGAAGGCUUUAAGUCAUAUGCGAGUGUGGAAUUUGCGACGUGGGCGUUUUUGCCCGGCAGCCGUACUCGGAACAAGUGUCCUGGUUGAGGCUCAACUGCAGGACACACAGGGAAAUGCCAAUAUACAGACCAUAUACGCCAGUGCCUUCACACGUUUUUACAACUUUAUGUCGUCCAUUAUGCAGGGCUACAAUAUGAUCACAAUGUAUAAAACAGCACACCAACUGGGACUGGAAUCUUUUGUUGUUGACUUGAGACAUUUGUGCGCUCACGGUCAGGACCUACCGCCCAUCGAUGUGCUGCGCAACACAGCGGCAUAUUGCUUGGAGUGGUUGCAGAGCUACUACUGGGCUCCUCAUCACGGCACCUUGCAGGAUUUGGAUGCAAAGAAGUUGCAACGAAAGGAUAAAAUGAAAUUUGAGACUCAAGUGACCGAACUGUUCGCAAUGUACGAUCUGACCUUGGAGUGUCAUCUACGUGGAGCCAAGAAACUCAAAGACGUUAGCAAGAUGAAGUCAAGCGCAGAGUUUAAUAAAUUGCGUGUGUAUUGCUCCCAGAAUAAACUGAAAAUAAUACGUGAAGUACUCGCUGCAGUGGUCAACGAUUUGACGGCUAUUGUCAAACGAGAAUCUAUCAAGGCUCUGCUGGAUAUUUAUAUUGCGAGUAUGUUUAAAAUGAAGUAUUUUUUCGUUGCUCACGUGUGGAAAAAUGAGGGCGAGGAGCUGCUGAUUGAAGCAACACAAGGCUUCUUUCGGAUGCUGGCAAAGCAAGGAUUAAUCGAAAAGGUGUUUGUUGCGUUUGUCCAAUUGACGGAGAAUACAAAUGCAGAGGAAUCGAAACGACAAGGAGCCAGCUACUGGGGUUACAAGCUAACUGAGACUUUUUCGAUGCUGAGUCGAAUGAAGCGCAUGUAUAAAGAGGAACUUGAUUUGAACAGUAAAUUCAAAGCAACCGAUUUCUCAACGCUUAACUCUUCAGUGCAAUCAAAAACAAUGCGCACACUUAUCAUACAUUCUGGUGUAGAUCAGUCGCGAACUAUCAUUUUCGGCGACAGCACGAAAAAACCAAAGACUUGGGUAUUUGAACGUGACUUUAUUAAGAGUCGUUUAGGUCUAUUGAACAAAUACUCGAAACCCAUAGUAGAAGGUUUGCUUCAUUUAGCCGAACCUCCAUUUGGUGAAGAUAAGAUCGAUGAGUUGAAAUUAUUGUGCCAAAUACGAACAAAACACGAGGAUGAAGAUCAAUCCCUGCUUUCGGAUCAGGCAGCUAGAGAAAAUUGUGAAGUAGAUGACUUGGAAAAGUUAAUAUCUAGUAUACAAAAAAAUAAGGAUGCAGAUAGUGAUGCAGAAGAUACAAACUUUGGUAUUUGGACGAUUGACAAUUCCGUCGAUUGGUCCACAUGUGCGUUGGGAGUGCUGCCGUGGGCACAAAAUUGUUGAAAUGUAAUCAAAACUGAAAUGUGUCUGAAUUUGUAAAUGUAAAUAAAAUUUUACAAUUAAGUACAAUAAUCACAAAUCGCUACGCGCCCA